GGCCAAAGAGGAAACAAGAAGAAAAAGAAAACCUUACCUGCUAGCAGAGGUGAGAGAGCAGGACAGCUCCACUCUGGGCAGCCAGAGCCAUGCAAUUCUCCAGCUCAGCGCGGGCCGCAGAUGAGAACUUCGACUAUUUGUUCAAGAUCAUCCUCAUCGGGGACUCCAACGUGGGGAAGACGUGUGUGGUGCAGCACUUCAAGUCUGGGGUCUACACGGAGACACAGCAGAACACGAUUGGGGUGGAUUUCACCGUGCGCUCCCUGGAUAUCGACGGCAAGAAAGUGAAGAUGCAGGUGUGGGACACCGCAGGCCAGGAGCGCUUCCGGACCAUCACCCAAAGCUACUACCGCAGUGCCCACGCGGCCAUCAUCGCCUAUGACCUCACCCGGCGGUCCACCUUCGAAUCCGUUCCCCACUGGAUUCACGAGAUAGAAAAAUACGGAGCUGCGAACUUGGUCAUUAUGCUGAUUGGGAACAAAUGUGACCUGUGGGAAAAGCGGCACGUUCUGUUUGAGGAUGCCUGCACCCUGGCCGAGAAAUACGGCCUCCUUGCUGUUUUGGAGACAUCAGCCAAGGAGUCCAAGAACAUAGACGAAGUCUUCGUGCUCAUGGCCAGGGAGCUGAUCGCCCGCAACAGCCUGCACCUGUACGGGGACAGCGCCCUGAACAACCUGUCCCUGGACUCCAGUCCAGUCCUCACGGCCCAGGCGCCCAGUGGGAAGCCCCACUGCACUUGCUGAGCACCUUCGGGCCAGCAGCAACCAACGGAGGCAUCGCAAAACCGAAGGUAGCCGGGUCGUCCAGUGUCUGCGGAGCAUUUCAGACCCAAGUGCAGACUUGCCGCUGGUUCCCAUCCUCAGUUCAGACCAGAGGCCACGACGGUUGACUGCGGACAGGGACACCACCGUUUCGUGUUGUUGUUUUUUUUAACUUUGCCUUGGACCUAAGCACAGGGGUGGGACAAGGCUUAUUCUUUUUCACCUUUUUUCUGUCUCCACAACCCUUCAUGUAUGUUUCUACUGAAUCUUGCUUCUCACUUGCAGAGGGUAGUGAAGAGAAGAGUAUCAAGGGGGAAGAGGAUGUUGAGAACAUUCUGGAACAGCUCAGGCAUGGGAGAAGGUGAAGCUCACCCUGAUAAACUAGAAUGCUGUUAACAUCUGCUUCCUGGCCGGCACACCUCAGGGCUUUAGUUUGGGGAGCAAAGCCUUUUGACAUAAAGGCCAUAAAUCCCUCUCACCAAAUGGUCAGUAGCCAUGCGACAGAAACAAUUGGAUUUCGCUUCAUUCUAGUUUGGGCGGGUUUGACCACCCUCCUGGAAUGUGGGAGGUGUCUAGUACUUCUUUCUAAAUGACCAAAUUGGCUCCUGGGCCAGAAGGCAUUUCUGAAUUGACAUUCAGUUGGCUCCCAGAUGAAGAGCGAACCGAUCCUGACCUCGCGCCCUGGCCCUGGACCUGUGGGGAACACACCAUGGUUGUUCCAAGUCCCCUGAUGUUUGGAUGAUUGUUGCUGGGGUUCAUCUUGCAGUCACAGUAAGACCCACAAAGGCCAGUCUGGCCACAACACUGGCUCCCAAGGGGGAAAUGCCUGGGGAGCUCCCUGUGGGCCCAGGCCAGUGCCCCGGCACUUACAGCCCGUGCAUCAGUCAUUAG